AUGAGCGUGUCAAUGAAAUGGGGUGAAUCCGAGACGGAGACGGUACCGCUGGACUUGACCAUGAAGAAGGAGGAGAACUAUGCCGUCUCAGAGGCAGAGGUGGAACUCGAUGGACCAGGGAAAUUGACGGAGGACACGACACUAUUACAGUCGAUCGCUGAGAACGACGUUCAAUCGACGCCACUGGACUUGAGUGCCAGAAGAGCAUUGCCGUUGCAGUCACCGCCGCCACCGUCACCGCCAUCUAUGCCACAGCCGCAAUGCGGGCAUUACAAGACACCGGUUUCGCCGUCGCCAACGGAACACUUGGCACCACUGCAUGGGAUGUACUCCAACGCUGCCGCUUACCAGAACAAGGUAUCGUCCGCAGCCGUCCCUGAGUACAACACGUCUCCGCCUGUUCUUCCAACGUCCACGGCUAAUGAGUUUCACCAAAACAACCGAAUCCAACAGCAGCUGGAACAUCUGCACAUGCAACAGCAACAACUGCUCCAUCUUCAGAAUCAGCUCAAACUGCAGCAGCAGCUCCAGUUGCAGCUGCAUCAGCUCUGCAAUGGCCAGAAAAAGCUCCAGCUGCAGGCCGCGUACGGUGGUGUCCCGCUGAACCCUACGUCAUCUCCGUCCUCGUCCGUGUCCAACCACUUCCAGAGUCCAACUGCUGACGACCAUCACCAGCAGUGGGACCUAGACCCAGAUCACCGCCCCCACAUCGAGGCGUGCGCGACGGACGACGCGGACGUCGUGGACCCCGAAGAGGUGGCAGCCAUAUACAGACAGUCAGAAUUCUUGUCGCUACGCCAACGGUACAUGGAGAGCUUGAGACCACCGAGGAAUAUCAAUAAAAUCAGACGGUCCAACAACAACAACAACAACAACAACAACAACAACAACAACAACAACGAUGACAACAACAAUAGCAGCAACGACAACGACAACCACGGGUUGACGGCCGGGCAGCAGCAGAACGACCAGACGUCCGUCAUGAAGCGGAAGAGGAACAACGAGGCGGCAAGACGGUCGUGGGGCGCCAAGCGGCAGAAGUACUUCGAGAACCAGGUCAAGGUCAUGUACCUAAACAAGAAGGUGAACGAAAUGAAGGACAUCAAGAAACGGCUUCUAAAGGCCAACGGUAAUAUACUUGCCAAGUAG